AUGUCUGAAGCAUUAAUUAAAGACAUACCACUUGUUUCAGAGUGGGCUUGUGAUUCGAAUGAAGCAAUAAAGAUCAGAUUUGUUGAACCCUCUUUUGUACAUGGCGAAAACGAAGAAAAUGUGCGCGAAUUUUCACCGGACCUAACUUAUCAAAUGUUCACAAACCAACAAAUUUUUGGAUAUAAAGAUUUGAAAAUAAAGUUGUAUUUUUCAUCUAGUAGCAUGGCAACGUAUUUUAACAUUUCAUAUAGUGAAAAAAUACCUGACGGUUCUAUAAACCUGGCAGACGAUGUUAAAAAGAUUCUUACAGAAUUGCUUCCUGAUGACUACCUCACAAAUUAUGAUGCCUUCUUACAGAAGGUACAAACUGAUGCUGAAACAUUCCGUCCAAUGGGCGAGAAAAUUUCAGAAUAUCGUCUCCACGAGGAUGAUGAUAAAGUUUACGAGGUUUACAAGGCAACUUUCAAAACUCCUCGGUUCAAAGAAUUUCAUAGAAGAUUACGAAUAUUCGUCUUAUUUUAUAUUGAAGCCGGGUCUUACAUUGAUGAAGAUGAGGAUCACUGGGAAGACACGGCAGUAAGUUAUUUUAGAAUACAGUUACAAAUGGAUAUGUUGAUAUUUCUAGAAAUUGUGAAUUUAACAUGUUCACUCUGGCUGGCUCGCAUUUUCAAAAAAGCAAAACUUUAUCAAAAUAUUUACCAGUAUUGCAUAGCAGAUCCCAGAAUAAAGCAACUCGUUGUUGAGGAUCCCAGUGAACUUUUUACAGAGAUUCGUGAUAAGUGUGAUAUACGAUUUUUGAGAAAGAUCAAGGUUUUAGAGGGUCUUAAGGCACCUGUCGAUAGAACGGUGAUCGAUGAAAUAUGGAAGAAAUACAAAUUUAAUAAGAGGCAAUUGUGUCGGUGUAUAGAAAUCGAAUUGUUACGGAAUUUAAACAAAACAGAUCCCGUUGCUUACAAGGCCUAUCGAUUACAAGUGAAGCAACGAUUGUAUCAUUGGAAUAAGGAAUUGUUAGAUCAAGUUAAUAAAACAGAACGCAUACAAAAAUUGGAUGAGGCUUUUAAGGGUAUUGAAGAGGAAUAUCAACAACUUAUACUGCGGUUGUAA